AUGCCAGAUGUAAAAGAAGACCCGGUGGAGAUCGUCAAGCCUGAAGAAGAUACUGUUAUCUCUGACGAUGAGUACUUGCAUGGUACUCGAUUGACAGCUUUGACUGUAUCGCUUAUGCUCGGCAUGUUCUUGGUCGCACUUGAUAACACGAUUAUUGGCACUGCCAUUCCUAAGAUCACAGAUGAAUUUCACGACCUCAACAAAGUUUCAUGGUAUGGCUCAGCGUACUUCAUGACCUUUGGUGGUAGCUUCCAAUCAACCUGGGGAAAACUAUUCAAAUACUUUCCUCUAAAACUCUGGUUCCUCAUCGCCAUGCUAAUCUUCGAACUCGGAAGCUUGGUCUGCGGCGUAGCCCAAGACCCGACUAGUCUAAUCGUCGGCCGCGCCAUUGCAGGUCUAGGUGGUUCAGGCGUUGCUGUAGGCGUCUUCACAAUGCUAGGUUUUGCUGCUUCACCCGAAAAGCGCCCACAACUACUCGGCUUUACGGGAGCUACUUAUGGUAUUGCUGCUGUGUUGGGCCCGUUGAUUGGUGGUGCUUUCACUGAUAAGGUGACAUGGAGAUGGUGCUUCUAUAUCAAUUUGCCUAUCGGAGGCGUGGCGGCCAUUAUUGUGUUUUUCUUCUUCAAGCCUCCGAACAGUGCAAAACCUGUUCAAGCAACCUUGAAGGAGAAAUUGCUGCAAAUGGAUCUCAUUGGCGCUGCUAUCAUGAUAGGGUUGAUCAUCUCUUACAUACUCGCAUUACAGUAUGGUGGACAGACCCAUUCAUGGAAAAGCAGUCAGGUCAUUGGCUUGCUCGUCGGCUUCGUCCUCCUAGUUGCAGUCUUCAUACUCUGGGAGAUCUAUCAAAAAGAACGCGCGAUGAUUGUCCCUCGCCUGUUUCUAGAACGCCACAUCUGGGUGGGCUCCCUCUACAUGUUCUUCUUCGGCGGUGCCUACUUCGUCCUCCUCUACUACCUACCCAUCUACUUCCAAAGCAUCCACUCUGCCUCCCCCAUCAACUCUGGCGUCCGCAUGCUCGCUCUGAUCAUCCCUUUGACUCUCGCCGCUAUCGUCCAAGGCUUCGCAUUGUCGAAAAUCGGUAUCGUGCCUCUUUUCUGGAUCAUUGGUGGUGCGAUAGCGACCAUAGGUGCAGGGCUGAUGUACACCUUUGAUGCUGGCACAUCGGCAGGAAAAUGGAUCGGAUACCAAAUCCUCGUUGGCUUUGCCACUGGAGCUACAUUUCAAGUUGCAAUCGCAAAUGCACAGGUACAUGCGAAGGCAGAGGAUUUGUCGCAGGUGAGCGCGAUUAUAAACUUCUUCGUAACCAUCGGCGGCGCCUUCUUCAUCUCUGCGGUCCAAUGCGCAUUCAACAACACACUCAUCGCCUACCUGCUCAAAAACUUGUCUGGCAUCAACCCAGCAGCAGUCUUGGGCAUCGGAGCGACACAGAUACGUGAGCAGUUUACAGAGCAACAGGUGCCGAUUGUGUUGGAUGCGUACAUGGGUGGCUUGAAAGUUGUCUUUGCCAUCACCACGGCCGCUUAUGGUGUUUGUGUUUUGGUGGGUAGCUUUGGGAGUUGGAAGAGGUUGAAUGAGGAGGAGAUUAAGAAGGCUGCUGGUGGAGCGGCUUGA